GGGCUGUCAAAAGCAGGCAAACAUGGCUGGGCUUUUCUUUUCUUGGUAAAACUAAGCUGAGCUCACGUGCAUGGGGGAGGAAAGAAAGAACUUUUUACAAAAUGCAUAGUUUUAUAUAUAUGCCCAGAGUCUCUCCUGGCAUAAUUUCAUUCCUGGCUGACCCUGCUUUUUUUUUUGGCUUUUCUGAUUCCAGCAGAUACUUCUCUUUCCUAGAGUGUGGGUUUAAAAAUGAGCGCUUUAAGAGCCAAGCCUGGAAGGGAUCCUUUGUUAAUUGGCUUCCUGUCCUUUAUAAUAUCAGGAAGAGAGAAAGAAAAUCAAGUCUUCUAAGUUGUGGGGAAGGGUUAAGGUGGAAGAGCUUUUAAGAAGAUGGGUGACUGGGGCUUUCUGGAGAAGUUGCUGGACCAGGUGCAGGAGCACUCAACGGUCAUUGGAAAGAUUUGGCUGACGGUCCUCUUCAUCUUCCGCAUUCUGAUCCUAGGCCUUGCUGGGGAAUCCGUCUGGGGGGAUGAGCAGUCAGACUUCGUAUGCAACACCAAGCAGCCCGGCUGCACCAAUGUCUGUUAUGACACCGCCUUCCCCAUUUCUCACGUCCGUUACUGGGUGCUUCAGUUUCUCUUUGUCAGCACACCCACCUUGGUCUACCUGGGGCAUGUCAUCUACCUCUCCCGGAGAGAGGAAAAGCUGAAGGAGCGGGAAAAUGAGCUACGGGCUCUACAGUCCAAGGAUUACAAGGUGGCGGAUGCCCUGGUGGUAAUCGAGAAGAAGAUGGCCAAGAUCUCUGUGGCAGAGGAUGGGAAAAUUAGAAUCCGUGGGCCUCUGAUGUGGACUUACAUCAUUAGCGUGGUAUUCAAGAGCAUCUUUGAGGCUGGUUUUCUGGUUGGUCAGUGGUACCUGUAUGGCUUCAUUAUGAACUCACGCUUUGUGUGUGAGGGGUACCCAUGCCCACACCUGGUGGACUGUUUUGUCUCUCGCCCCACCGAAAAGACCAUCUUUAUCAUCUUUAUGCUUGUGGUGGGCCUGAUCUCCCUUGUCCUCAACCUUCUAGAGCUCUUCCAUCUCUGUGGCAAGAGCCUACUCAACACCGUGAAGGAAGGAGACUGCUGUACUUCAUCUGCUCCUCCACUCCCCUGUGAUGUCAACGGCUACUCCACCAAGCUUUGUGAAAUACCCAACGGGCCAUAUCAGGACAAGUCCUACUUCUACCUCCCAAUGGCUGAGAGGCAUCACCCACCCUACCAGGCCUACAACAAGCUGUCCAGUGAGCAGAACUGGGCCAAUUUCAACACUGAAGAAACCUUGGCCUUACGAGAUGGGAGGAAGCCCCCUGAUGUCUUUGUGACACAAGGCCCUGAAGUCCACCUCUCUCAGGAAAGACAGUCCAGCCGUCCAAGCAGCAGUGCAUCCAAAAAACAGUAUGUCUAGUGAGCAAGCCUUCUAGAUCCAAUUCUGCUGCCUUGAUGGCAACUGUUUCUAGUUAAUGUUCUCUGGUGGGCUUUCUUGUCAACAGUUUCUAGAGGCUCUAGUGAAACAUGACUCAGCAUUCUUGUUGAAGUGCUGCCUGGUUUGCAUCCUGUUUUCCAGGUGGUAGCCAAGACUUCCUUGUGGACAUGGACUGCUGUGUCAUGCGGACACAGGACUACCACUUCUAGGAAGCCAGCAGAAUGGGUGCUUGAUGGACAUUUAACUAUCACUCAGGUGGGGUGCUACAUGGUGACUCUUGAAAAGUUGUCUUAGACUUGAGGGGAGGCAAGGGGGAGACGGCAGCCCUCCAGUAGGUGGAGAGGAAACCAUAUCUCAAUUUGUAACAGCCUGUAAGAGCUGGCCUUUCUCUUGGAAGUCUGCUUGUGAGUUAGAUAGCAGGAGAAAGAUCCAUGGCAUGUGUUAGUAUUAAGAAGCAAACUGCAGGAUACCUGCUUCUUGGUCCAUUUCACAAAGCUUGGGACUUUGAGGUGCUUUGGAAGGAGGAACUUACUUUUCUUGAACUCUCCGGGAAUAUGGACCCCCAAACAAACACUACAGCGUGGGGCUGAGUAGAGAUGCUGAGCGCACAUUUGGAUGCAAACUCAUCCCUUGAUGCUGACUGGCAGGGAGAUGCCAGUCCAUUCUUCUGUGAUUUUCCUACCAUGGCUGGUUUGUGGAAGGAACUGUGUAUCACUCGGGCCACAAAACUGGUAACUUCCCUAUAGCUCUUUUCUCUUUUUUUGUUAGUUACAAAGGACAGUUUCUUCUCAAAGACUUUCUCAAGAUCUUGCCCUUGUUUAUAUUUUGAAAUAUUACUGAAGGCAUACCUGCUAAUACCAGAACUUCCUACAUUCUAAGUCUUCACAGUGGAUUCAUUUUUAAAAAAGAUUCUAAACACUGCAUUUAUUUUUUCAAGAAAGAUAUGACUCCAGGUGUUGUUUUGUAUGCAAGGGGGACUGUGUAAAUGUGCAUGUGGGCAGCCAUACACUGGUUUAAGUGCCUCCUCCCUUCUCCUCCAAACUCCUGGUUUACAGGGCAAGCUGGAUGCUUCUCACAAUAUAUUUACAACCAAAUAUAGUAGGAAUUGACUUAAACAAGGCUUAAUCUCUAAAAACGGGUUUCUCUCAAAUGUCUGUUUACAACAGGCAGAUUCAACAACUGUUGAAGUGGCCUCAUUCUUCUCCUUAAAUAUAAAACAAAUUAUCACUCAGUUCCUUUUGGGAUGUUUUUCCUCCCUCAGGGUUUUGCAUCCUGUAGCAGGACAGCACAGUGGGGUUUCGUUCAUGGCUGACAGUACAGUUUGCUAGUGAUAGUCACUGUCUGGGAACACACAGUGCUAGCCCUGAAAUCAAGAGGCCUUUCUUUCCAGAACAUUUUCAGCUUGCUUUCUCAUCCUUCAUCGUUGCUUUCUUUCCUUACAUUCUCUACACUUAGGCUCAUCUGAUUUCUUUCUGCUUUCUCAAAUCCAUGGCUUCCAGGUAAUAAACAUUAGCCAGUUUAAUUUAAUUUAUUGGAUUUAUAUCCUGCCCUCCCCACCAAAGCAGGCUCGGUCGCUUGUCAUCUUUCACUUUGUUUCAUGAUUUCAUUAAAAUUUGCUUCCUGGCUAUCCUUAAGAGUGUCAGAAUUGAGUUACAGGUCCUGCCACUGUUGUGGAGAUGAGUAUGAACACUUGCCCAAAACACUGGGUUGGAUCUUUGUGGAUUUGUUCAGCAAAUGGUGGCACCUGCCUUUCAAUGGACGAGUCCCUCUUGGGCCAAUGGAAGGUGUCUGGGUGCCACAGAAAAGCAUUUCUAUGCAUGGAACGUAUCCACAGAAUCUAAUCCAUUUAUUCUGAUGCCUGUGCUGUGCCUGGAGAAUACAACUGAAAUGGGCUCUGUUUCAUAUUGGGUAUCCCCAUUACAGAAUAGAACAAUGUCAUAAAGCACCACUCACUAUAUGUUUUAGGUGUUACCAAGCAUGUCUAUGGAUGUCUUUCUUACGUAUUGGCCUGUCUCCUCUCUUAAUUUUGUGUUUGUGAUCCAUUUUUGUUAAUUCAUUGAGAUCCAAGCUUUACCAGUAAAUGGGCCUUUGAGAUUGAUCGUUGGGACAUCAUCAUCAAAUGUAAAAAACUUUCCUGAAACUGCCUCCCAGUAGGAGUGGGAGUUUCAGUAAGGACAUUGGCUUUCUACAUUCUUUAGCAGGAACACCUGGAAAUCCCUGGAUUAAAUCAGUGGGAGACACUUUGAUUUAAAAUGUUCAUUUCUACAAGAAUGAUGUUGUAUGCUUGGGACUCUUGAAAUACGGGGCAGCUCACUCAUUAUGUAGCAUCAGGAACUGUGGUGCAGGGAGAGGAAUCUGUUUCUUUUUUUGUAAACUGAUGGUUCCACUUUUCCAAGAAUCUCUAGUGAGCAGUUCUUGACCAAAACUGUGAAAUCUGCACUUAUUAACAUACCUGUGUGUUUGAUGGAAACCAAAGUCAUGUGAGGAGCUGGAUUCCAAUCUCUAAUUCAGCCAGAUUGUAUAAAGGGAUGAAGGGUGGAGUUCCACAGUUCCAAGUGGCAAUUCUGGGGAGGGUUCUGAUAUUUAAAAAUUGGGGUGUGUUUUCAAAAUAAAAAAAUUGAAAAUG